CCGCUGUUCCCCAAAGCGUCCUCCUUUUUCCUCCCAGGCGACGCGAAUGGAGAAGGGCUCAGGCGCCGCCGCGGGAGGCACCGCGCGGCCGCCGCCGAUGCCGCAGUUCGACGAGUUCCCGUUCGAGGGGAAGAAGCCCGUCAAGAACCCCUUCGUCCCCAUCGGUGCAUUGGUCACUGCCGGUGUCCUGACUGCUGGUCUAGUCAGCUUCCGGUACGGGAAUUCUCGACUAGGACAGAAGCUGAUGAGGGCCCGUGUGGUUGCUCAAGGCGUAACGGUUGCUCUGAUGGUUGGCAGCGCGUACUACUACGGCGACCAAAUCAAGCUGUUCAAGAAAGGGUCGAGCCCUGAACUUUGACUGGAUAGUUGUUGGUCGUGCAUGGGAUCGGAAUGCCAUAUAUUAUGUACCGAAGGUUCUCCUGGGGCUCUCUCUGUGAUGUUCAAUUCCCCCCAGUCUGGGGCUUUGAAUAUGUGAUUUAGGCUUUUGGUAUGUGGUAGCAAACUGAAAUCAAUUUUGGUCCAAGUUCGCGAAUAA